AUGAAUGACUAUUCCAAAAUCGGGUCCGCCAUUGUUAUAGGCGACUGUGCCUUACUUGGUCAUAAGAUAGUCCAAGAACUUCUCAAUAUUAUCCACCAGUCCGAAUCUCGGUCUUCGAUGUCCGAACGAAGAAGAACCGGGAGCCAUCUGUUGAAUAUCAUGAUUUGGAUAUUACGAACAAAAAGCAACUCGACAAUGCUCUACGCCAAAUUCGACCGCAAGCCAUUAUCCAUACUGCGUCACCGCCACCACUCCUAACAGAUCUUUCGUUGUACCUGAGAGUGAACGUCGAAGGUACUCGUACCCUACUUCAAUCUGCACAAGUUAGAUCGCAUAAAGAAGCAAUCAUGCUCUAAAAGACGCCGAAACUGACACGUCACAAGGAAGUUGGCGUGAAAGCUUUUGUGUAUACUUCAAGCGCCUCGGUCGUUCAUGAUUCAGUCAGCGACUUGGUUGAAGCAGACGAGACGCUGCCACUUGUAUAUCUCCCGGUUCAACGGGAAUAUUAUACUAACUCGAAAGCUCUUGCUGAUCAACUUGUACUUGACUACAACAAUUCAAUGGAUGGCCGUAUGCUUACUGCCUGCCUUCGCCCUUCUGAUGUAUUUGGAGAAGGCGAUGGCACUGCACUCGCGUUCGCAGAAAAUGCAGCAAGUGGUAAAUACAAAUACCAGGUUGGCAAUGGUCAGAACCUCUUCGAUUUUGCAUACAAUGGAAAUGUUGCUUAUGCGCAUAUUCUUCUUCUACAAGCUCCCCUGAGAAGUCAUAUCAAGGCACCAGAAGGAGACAUGGUUGUCGGAGGGGAGACAUUCUUUAUCACGAAUGAUGAACAUGUGAGCUUCUGGGAUUUGCUCGACGAAUUGGGGCCGCUGCAGGGCAUCCCACAAAUCCAGAGACAGCAAAAUCUAUUCCCGUAUUCUGGCACUCACAAUAGCCGUUCUUGUGGAAUGGGUGGUCUGGAUCACCUCUUUGGGUCGAAAGAAAUCGAAGAUGACUAUUUCGGGGAUCAAAUACAGCUACAUGACUAG